AUGAGGGGUUAUGACACAAAGGUGAAGCUGAAGAAGCCUUUUACUUGGUAUUCACUGAUGGAUGCAAACAAUCCGAAGAAGAAAGUUCAGCCUCCUACAACCACGGGCCAGUUUAAUGAGCCAACUAUGGUAGUUGCUGAGGCAGUUGAUGUUCCAUCCUCUUCGGACGAACCUUUCUCCAGUGUCGCAGCUAUGCCUCCGCCAUCAUCCACAACCCCUACUGCAGUUCCUGCCAUAGCUCUCACCUCGGCUAUGAAGCCAGUGCCUAUGCCUAUUGUCCCACUUUCUGCGCUGCGAUCUUCUGUUCAGGCACCUCAGUUUCCACCGACAAUUGAAGAGACAUUGAAGAAGCUCCUAGAGAACCAGAACACUAUCAUGGCUACCUUGGUGACCAAGCUUGCUACAGCCGGAGAUCUGCCCUUUGACAUGCUGCUUGACCUAGACCAUUCUAUCCCAGAUCCUACAGCACCAUCUGCACCGGUGGCACCAGCUGGCCAGUCUGAAGAGCCAGCCAUUGCUGCCGACACUACUGAAGCAAUCGGGGGAGGAGCUCAGACUCCUACCACCCGUACGCCAAAGCAGCGAGUCCACGUUGGUCAGGUUCCAGGUGUCAUGCCGGUACAACCUAUUGUUCCAGUUCAGCCUAUG